GUCACAGACGUCAAAAAUGACAUUUAAAAGUUAAUGCGUGAGGUGUAUACAAGUGCCCUAAACUUUUAAAACUUUUCGAAUUUACGAACUGAAAAGAAUUGUGUUUUGUUUAUUUUUUUUUUGCUAUUUUUUUAACAACAGAAUAUCUUUAAAAACUGCUUGUAAAUAUUAAGUGUUCUUUAUAUUAUUUAAGAACUAAUAAAAUAGUUAUGUCUGAAAAUAUAUUGGUAAUUGGUAGCGGUGGCCGAGAGCAUGCAUUGUGCUGGAAAUUAGCUGAUUCUCCUCUCGUAAAGUCUAUUUAUUGUGCACCUGGGAGUGUUGGUAUUUCUUCCAUUUUAAAAGUAGACAGUGUAAAUCUCCAAGUUGAAGAUACAACGGCAUUAGCAGCAUGGUGCAAAGAGAAGGCAAUAAACUUGGUUAUCAUUGGACCCGAAGACCCCUUAGCAAAUGGUAUAGUUGAUGCUCUGUCCACACAUGGAAUCAAAUGUUUCGGGCCAACAAAGGCCGGUGCUCAGAUUGAGGCAAACAAAGAUUGGUCUAAGAAGUUCAUGAGCAAAUACCAGAUACCAACAGCAAGAUAUCAGUCUUUCACAGCUGCUGAGGAGGCUAAAGAGUUCAUUAAAAAAGCUCCAUUCCCGGCUUUAGUUGUGAAAGCAUCGGGCUUAGCUGCUGGAAAGGGGGUUGUGGUCGCCUCUAGCAAGGAAGAAGCAUGCGCCGCAGUCGAUGCUAUCCUCACCGAUUCAAAAUAUGGAAGUGCUGGAGAAACCGUUGUCAUCGAAGAAUUGCUCGAAGGUGAUGAAGUAUCGGUACUUGCGUUCACUGACGGCGAGACGGUAUCCAUGAUGCCACCAGCACAGGAUCACAAGCGCAUCGGUGAUGGUGACACAGGACCGAACACUGGCGGAAUGGGGGCAUACUGUCCAUGUCCUUUAAUCACACCAGAACAACUAGCUGACGUUAAGGAGCAAGUGCUGCAAAGAGCAGUUGAUGGCUUGAAGAAGGAGGGAAUCAAAUACGUCGGUGUUCUAUACGCCGGGAUGAUGGUGACGAAAUCUGGUCCGAUGACGCUGGAGUUUAACUGUCGAUUCGGAGACCCUGAGACCCAGGUGCUGAUGCUGCUGUUGGAGACAGACCUGUACACCAUCACUAAGGCUUGUGUGGAUGGCAAUCUCAAACAAGUACAAGUGAAAUGGGAGACAGAGAUGUCCGCAGUUGGAGUCGUCAUCGCUUCAAAGGGUUACCCGGAGACUUCCACCAAGGGAUGUGUCAUAAGCGGUCUCUCUAAAGUCCAGUCGCGACCCAACAUCAUGGUGUUCCACAGCGGGGUGGCCCGCGGCGCCAACGAGUCACUUGUGACGGCCGGGGGUCGAGUUAUGCUGGUCGCGGCCAAGCGCAGCUCCCUGAGAUCUGCUGCCUCGGUCGCCACUUCCGCCGCCGCCGAUAUAGACUUCCCUGGCGCUCAGUACAGGAAGGAUAUAGCUCAUAGAGCUUUUUCCAAGGUAAACGGGUUGUCAUACCUAGAAAGUGGAGUGGACAUCGACGCAGCAGCUUCACUGGUCCGCCUCAUAGAGCCGGUAGCGACUACCACCCACCGUCGUGGAGUGUUGGGUCGCCUGGGUUGUUACAGUGGCCUGUUCCACCUAUCUGCUAUGGACUCGCGGUUUACAGACCCAGUACUGGUCCAGGGAACCGAUGGUGUUGGGACUAAGCUGAAGAUUGCAGAGAUUAUGCAAAAAUACGACUCACUAGGACAGGAUCUAGUAGCAAUGUGCGUGAAUGAUAUAUUGUGCGCCGGGGCAGAGCCUUUCGCUUUUCUGGACUAUAUGGCUUGCGGGAGGCUGCAGAUUACUGUGGCUAGUACUAUCAUAAAAGGAAUUGCAGAUGCCUGUCUUAUGUCCGGCUGUGCUCUAUUAGGUGGUGAAACCGCUGAAAUGCCCUCAAUGUACGAAGUGGGCAAAUACGAUCUCGCCGGGUUUGCUGUGGGAGUUGUGGACAACCUAAAGCAGCUGCCCAGGAUGAAAGAGAUCCGAGCUGGUGACGUGGUGCUGGCGCUGCCUUCCACAGGCGUGCACAGCAACGGAUACAGCCUGGUGCAGAAGAUCAUGAUGGAAACUGGCCACAGUUUCCACGAGAAAGCCCCAUUCAGCACAUCAAACAAAACACUGGGAGAAGAAUUCCUGGAACCGACUGGCAUUUACAUAAAGGCGCUGAUGCCGGCCGUUAAGAAGAGUCUAGUGAAGGGACUGGCACAUAUCACCGGCGGUGGAUUACUCGAGAAUAUACCAAGGAUUCUACCACCAGGUGUCAGGGUUAGGUUGGACGCAACUAAGUUCAGAAUUAAGCCGAUUUUUGGAUGGCUUCAAGCUAAGGGUAUGGUGUCGGACUUCGAGAUGCUUCGCACAUUCAACUGCGGUGUGGGUAUGGUCGCGAUCGUAGACCCCGUGUGCCUACAGGAGUUCAUUGACACGGUCGACGGCGUGGUAGACGUAGUUGGGACCGUUGAAGCAAUCGACAAGAAAGGAGGGCACCAGGUGGUGGUGGACAGGUUCGUGGAGGCCAUGGCUCCGCUGACCAGCCCGCACCGGGUGCAGGGCGCGAGCGGGCACAAGUCGCUCUCGUACAAGGACAGCGGCGUAGACAUCGAGGCGGGAGACUCGCUCGUCUCUAUGAUCAAACCCCUCGCAAGGUCUACGUCACGUUCCGGUGUGCUUGGAGGUCUGGGUGGAUUUGGAGGCUGUUUCCAGCUGAAAGCUGUGGAAAAAGAGUACAAGGAUCCCGUGCUGGUGCUGGCGGCUGACGGAGUGGGGACCAAGCUGAAGAUCGCGCAGCGGAUCAACAAACACGACACGAUAGGCGUGGACCUGGUGGCGAUGUGCGUCAACGACGUCCUGUGCAACGGUGCUGCGCCGCUCACCUUCCUUGACUACUUCGCGUGCGGCGUGCUCCACGUGCACGUGGCACGAGACGUGGUGGCCGGCAUCGCGGACGGCUGUCGGCAGGCCGCCGCCGCGCUCAUCGGUGGAGAGACAGCGGAGAUGCCGGGCAUGUACGAGCCAGGCGUGUACGACAUCGCGGGCUUCGCACUGGGCGUGGUCGAACGCUCGCACAUACUGCCCAGGAUCAAUGACAUCAAGGUGGGAGAUAUCAUAAUAGGACUGCCGUCAAAUGGCGUCCACAGUAAUGGAUUCAGUCUCAUACAUAACCUGAUGAAGAAGGCAGGACUUACGCUCAGCGACAAGGCACCUUUCGGGGACGAGGGACUCACUUUGGGCGAGGAGCUGAUCAAGCCGACCCGCAUCUACGUGCAGAGCGUGGUGCCGGCGUUGCAGCGCGGGUUCGUGAAGGCCGUGGCGCACGUCACGGGCGGCGGACUGCUGGAGAACAUUCCACGAGUCAUCCCCGACGCCGUGCGAGCGAGGCUCAACGCGCACUGGUGGAACGUGCACCCCGUGUUCUCAUGGAUAGCGGACACUGGGUCAGUGAAGGAUGACGAAAUGCUGCGCACUUUCAACUGCGGCAUCGGAAUGGUGCUGGUGGUGGCACCAGAGCACCAGGCUGAGGUGAUGAACAUAACGCGGUCUUUCGGCGCCAUGGUGAUCGGCAGCAUCCAGGCCCGCGGGGCUGACGGCCGCCGGGUCAUCGUCGACAACUUCGCGUCUGCUCUCGACUUCACGCGCCGCAUGCCACUGCUGGUCACCAAGCGGGUGGCGGUACUGGUGUCAGGCAACGGCAGCAACCUUCAGGCGCUGGUGGAAAGUACGCGGGAUCCCAGCCAGUGUGUGUGCGCAGAGAUCGCUCUUGUCGUGUCCAACAAACACGACGCGUACGCACUCACGCGCGCCAAGAACGCAAACAUUCCUACGCUUGUGAUGAGUCACAAGGACUACGCCAGCCGGGAGGAGUUCGACCGCGCCUUGUCGCGCGAGCUCGAGGCGCAGCGGAUCAAUAUCGUGUGUCUGGCCGGCUUCAUGCGGAUACUGUCCGCAGAGUUCGUGCAGAAGUGGAAGGGUCGUCUGAUCAACAUCCACCCGUCGCUGUUGCCGCGUCACCCGGGGCUUCACGCGCAGAAGAAGUGUCUGGAGUCGGGCGACACGGUCUCUGGCUGUACGGUGCACUUCGUCGAUGAGGGUAUGGACACGGGACCCAUCAUAACCCAGGAGCGUGUGCCGGUGCUACCCGGUGACUCGGUGGAGUCUCUGUCGGACAGGAUCCUGGCGGCCGAGCACCGCGCCUACCCGCGCGCGCUGCGACACGUGGCCACGGGCCGCGUGAGACUCGACCACCACGGACAGCUCGUGAUGUGUUAACACCACCGCCGACCAACCUCAAAGCCCAAAACAACUACAACAUACAAGAACCCCGAGCGGCACUGCAUUGUAAUGGGUAGGGCGUAUCAAUUACCAUCAGCUGAACGUCCUGCUCGUCUCGUCCCUUAUUUUCAUUAAAAAAAACUCUAUAUGGAUGUAAUUGUUAAAUCAGACUGUGCCAUUAUUCCGUAACUAUUUCAAAUACCUUUAUUUACCAAAUAACUUUGAAUUGAUAUCGAAAGUACGUUAAGUGCCUAAUUAGUAAAAUGAGAUCAAUAACUUUUUAAAAAUGAAACGAGAUGUAUCCUAAAUUUUGAUAUUAAACACUCCCAUACAUCUAGUAUGGUAUUAGUAGAAAGGUUUUCGUUUCCUAAUUUUUAAAAGUUAUUUUAGCUUAGUACUGAUGUUAGAGGAAACUUUUUAUUAACCUAAUAAAGUAAUAAAAUUAUCUUUAAAUUGAAUAAUAUUUAUUUCUUAGAAAGUACAAAAUUUUGUAAUCGACAUUAACAUCACUUGUUGUGUGAUACAACAACCUUUCUAUUAAUCUGAUACUUAACAAUAUAUACAUACUUUACAUGACAUAUAAAUUAAAUUUUGUAUACUUCUCAUUUGAUUUUUAAAAAGUUAAUAAUGUCAUUUUAACUAUUCAUUAGUUAGCAUAAUUUCGAUAUCAGUUUUAAGUUUUUUGAUAUUUGUAAUGGUUAUGUAAUAAUCGCCUGGUCACACUUAACGAUUACACCCUGUAUAUGAGACCAACAAAGAUUGACCUAAGCCACAUUGCUUCUGAUAACCUAACUGCCACAAGCUUUAAAAAUAAUUAAUUUUAAACCAAGUAGUGUGGUUUGUUUAUAUUUAAUAGUACGCUAUCUAUUAUGUUAAUAAAAAAAUCCAAGUUUGGCCACAUUUGUAUUAAAAUUUAUCAAUAUUUUAAAUGUUAUCAAUCUGUCUCAGUCAGGUUACUAAACAAAACUUGGUUAGGCUGCAUUAGCACUUUAACCAUCAUGUCCUCGGGAACAAUCUUCAGAAUGAUAUAAUAUUAAUGGGUACACUACACACUUUCAUGUUAAAUAGCAUAAGUCUUGGAUGUUAAAAUAAAUGUGUUAACAUCAGAUGCAGCAAUCUUGGCCAUUUGCCUCCUUAUUUAAAAAAAAUUCGGUCAUAAGACUUUUUAGUGUGUAUUUAUAUGAAUGAUUCCUAAUAUUUUAACGAUACUUUAUAAUAGUUCAGUCACCAAUAUAGCACAAAUUAUAGCAGACAUUCAUUGUCACUAUCUCAAUUUCAAAUAGUCUUUAUUAAAGUAAAGUUUGUGAUUAUUUCAUUGUCUUUUUUUUUCAUAUGUUGUUGCUUUUAAAUAGUGAGAACAUACAAGAAACUCGCAGGCUUUUGCUCAAUUUGUAAGUUUGCCUUA